AUGUCGACUGAUCUGGAGCCGCGCACAACUGCCAAGUGUAUCGUACAUACCUCUAAAGGUCGCGUGGAAGUUGAGCUUUGGGCGAAGGAGUGUCCGCAAGCUGUGAAGUGCUUUUUGACAAAUUGUAAUUUGGGCGCUUUUGACGGGAUACCCUUUAGUAAGAAGUUGUUUGAUUCUGUAAUACAUACUGAUGCACCUUUGAAUGGAGUGGGCACCCCAUUAGAGCGGAAUACUCGCCUUAGAUUCAAUAGAAGGGGACUCAUUGGUAUGUUCCCGGAUGCCAAAGGUUCUGUUUUCAUCACAUUACGUGACACCGCGAUGCUAAAUGAUAAGGCAACUUUACUUGGCAAAGUUGUAGGAAAUUCAUUUUACGAGGUCAUUAAAAUUGCAGAUGGAGAAUUGGAGUCUGAUGGGCAAAGUUUCACGUACCCAGCAGAGAUUACACGGGUAGAGAUUAUAGAACCAUAUUUUGACAAUCUGCCGAAGAAAAGAAUGAACGCAGGCGAGAAACAGAACCCUCCUCGCAAGCCCGUCAAAAAGAGAAGAACAGUCAAGCUGGUAUAUGAUGAGGAGGAGAGUGAGGGUGAUGAUCACAAUGUAUUAAAAGUUAAAAUAAAGGCUGCACAUGAUUUGUUGAAGGAUGCAAAACUGGUGAAGAGUGACUUGCCUACGGACGACAGCGACUAUGAACGGACGGAUUUACCCUCAAAAAACGUUCCUCCAGUUAUAAGCACUAAAUAUGAUGCGCAAAGUUCAAAUCCAGCAAGUACGACGGCAGAGGAUGUCUCGCCUAUUGUCAAUCAAGAGAAGAAUAAACUAUCUUCAGUUGUCAAAAACUCGAAGGAAGAUGAGACACAAAGUGAACGUGAGAAAGAAACUUUGAAGCUGUUAGCUGCGUUUCAGAAGAAAUCGCAGAGCAAAAAAGGCAAAAACCUCUUAACAUCGCAUGUUUUGAAGUUCAAUGAUGAUGAGGCUGAUAACCAAAAAUGA